GCCUGAGUCCCGGCCAGUGUCUCUGUUUCCGGCUGGAAUUGCAUUUCCUACGCCCACCCUCAACAUGUCCGAGACUGCGCCCGCCGCGCCCGCCGCUCCGGCCCCUGCCGAGAAGGUGCCAGUGAAGAAGAAGCCCCGCAAGUCCGGAGGUGCAGCGAAACGCAAAGCGUCCGGGCCCCCGGUGUCCGAGCUCAUCACCAAGGCGGUAGCCGCGUCCAAGGAGCGCAGCGGCGUGUCCCUGGCUGCGCUCAAGAAGGCGCUGGCGGCCGCCGGCUAUGAUGUGGAGAAGAAUAACAGCCGCAUCAAGCUGGGUCUCAAGAGCCUGGUGAGCAAGGGUACCCUGGUGCAGACCAAGGGCACCGGUGCCUCAGGCUCCUUUAAGCUCAACAAGAAGGCAGCUUCAGGGGAAGCCAAGCCCAAAGCCAAGAAAGUGGGCGCAGCCAAGGCUAAGAAGUCCGCUGGGGCAGCUAAGAAGUCCAAGAAGGCGGCGGGGACGGCCACCCCGAAGAAGAGCGCCAAGAAGACCCCAAAGAAGGCGAAGAAGCCAGCUGCGGCUACAGGAGCCAAAAAAGCAAAGAGCCCGAAAAAGGCGAAAGCAGCCAAGCCCAAGAAGACGCCUAAGAGUCCAGCAAAAGCCAAAGCGGUGAAACCCAAGGCGUCUAAACCAAAGACCGCCAAGCCCAAGGCUGCCAAGCCAAAGAAGGCGGCAGCCAAGAAAAAAUAAGUUUUCUUGGCCAACUGCUUACAGGCUCAACACAACCCAAA